UAGGCGAAUUAUUGCAGAUCACAGUUCUCCGACGACCGAACUUGCAAAAUGAAAUUCUUCAUUGUCCUCGCUCUGGCCGCGGCCUGCGCCGCUGACCGCAACGCUGACAGCGCCGCCCAGGUCCUGAGGUUCGACUCCGAGGUCAACCCUGACGGCUUCUCGUAUGGCUAUGAGACCAGCAACGGAAUCGUCGAAAGCGCCAGUGGCAUCGUUAAGAACCCUAACUCUGAAAACGCGGCCCUGGCUGUUAACGGAGACUAUAGCUACCCUGGCGACGAUGGAAAAUUAUACCGUGUCACCUACGUGGCUGAUGAGAAUGGCUUCCAGCCCCAGGGAGAGCAUCUGCCCACGCCGCCGCCAGUACCCGAGCUGAUCGCGCGUGCCCUGGCGUACUUGGCAGCGCAUCCGCAACCCGAAGACAAGUACCAGCAGCCUUCCCCUGCCCGCUUCCCCGCCCCCGCUCCUGCCCGCUUCCCCGCCCCCGCUCCUCCUCGCUUCCCUGCCCAAUCCGCAUUCGGCAAACCCUCCCGCAAAUUCCCCAGCCCUAGCCCCUUCAGGUUCUAG